UAGGCUGGACCAGCCACACCGUCGUUGGCCUAGCUUCCAUCUCCACCCCCAACUCGACCAGCAACCAUCCAUCCACUACCCAACCCGCAAAGCAUGCAGUAGAUCGAGCGCGUCUCUAUCCUGCCUCGUCAUGGCUAUCAGAGAAGAUAUAGUGGCUUCGGCUGUCGACUUCCUCCGAGAUCCCAGCGUCGCAUCCUCCUCGGUCGAGAGCCGCAUCGCGUUCCUCCAGACCAAGAACCUGACCCCGGAAGAGGUUCAAGCCGCCCUGGCCCGCGCCGGUGUCGAUGCCUCGACAGUCUCCCCAGUCGCGUCGCAGAGUGUAGCGACGCGCGCGCCGGUGGCGGCUCCCCAGCCCUUCUACGGGCAACAACCCCAGCAGUACCCACCCUAUGGGUGGCAGCAGCCUCCUCCCGAUGCCCCAAGGAGGGACUGGAGGGAUUGGUUCAUUAUGGCGACCGUCGUGAGCGGCGUCGGCUACGGCGUGUACUCGCUGACCAAGCGAUACAUCUACCCCCUGGUCGCGCCCCCGACGCCGGACCGGCUGGAGGCGGACAAGAAGGCGAUCGACGAGCAGUUCGACCGGGCCUUCUCGCUCGUGGAGCAGCUGGCCAAGGACACGGAUGCGCUCAAGGCCGCGGAGCAACAGCGCACGGAGCGGCUUGACACGGCGCUCACGGAACUGGAGACGGUCAUCACGGACCUCAAGUCGGCCAACCGGCGGCGCGAGGACGAUGCCCAGCGCAUUCGGGACGAGGUUCAGGAUCUGAAGUCGUCGAUCCCCAAGGCCCUGGACGCCCAGAAGGACCUCGCCAACGAGAGGCUCAAGGAGGUCAACGUCGAGGUGACUAGCCUCAAGACACUCCUCUCGCAGAGGUUGAGCUCGGCCACGGCGUCCAGCGUCCCGACGCCGCCCAUGGGGAUGAGCUACAUCCGGCCCUCGGUUACGCCUGCUGUUGCCCCCCUGUCGCCCUCGCCGGCACAGGUUGUGGCAGCAAGCGUUAGCAACGGUAUUGCCGUUCCGCCGGCCAACGGCGACAGCGCCGAGGCUGCGCAGGAUGGACCCACUUUCCGUUCGGCGUUUGGCAUCGGGGGCGGAGGCGGAGGCGCCCGCGCCAGCAUCCCGGCCUGGCAGAGGGCCAUGGAGGCGAAGUCGACCCCUCCUCCCAACAUGCCGGUGGCUGAGGCGGUCAACGGGACCAGCGCUUAGUGAUGGGUUAUAAUUGCCGUAGCAUGUGGAGAUGUUUGGUUCAGGAUCAUCCGUGAGCCGUUUUCUGCCCAAAUUCUCUGACAGCUUGGGUCUUUGAACAUGAAGCCAGCCCAUCAGCCCAGCUCCUGGCCGCUGCAGCUCGGUUGGAUCAUAAUGUACAUUUAUUAUACUGUUAUAUUUCUCACCCUUUUCAAGUUUCAAUUGCAACGGCGAAGCAUUUCUCACUCUUGGCCCUGUCCCCAUCGCCGGUCGGAUCGCCGUGUCCAUACCGGCCCCUGAUGGUGAGGUGC